AUGUCUAUUAGUUCAUUGAAAGGCCUGAUGUCGAGCUAUUCCCCUCUUGCCGAUCGCAGUCCCUCUUCGGAGGAGAAGGAUUUGAGUCUUCCCCUUCGAUCGGACGUCGAGGCUGGAAACAAUAACAGCCAAAAUGUGAAAUCAGGCUGGUCCAUCGACGGUCGCACAGUCUCGGAUGCUAUCAUCGGUCUAUCCGACGGUAUGACUGUGCCCUUUGCGCUCACGGCGGGCUUGUCUGCUCUGGGUGAUACCAAAGUGGUCGUCUUCGGUGGACUGGCAGAGCUCAUUGCCGGAGCUAUCUCAAUGGGGUUGGGUGGAUACCUCGGUGCUAAGAGUGAAGAGGAGUCAUACAAAGCUACAUUGAAGGAGACAGCAUCACAAACUAUGACCGAUCCCGCGUCUGUAUCCGACACCAUCAGCGAUAUCUUUGAGCCAUACGAGCUACCUUCUGAACUGGUCGCUCAACUUAAAAACCACCUCUCUGCGUCCCCCAUGCUUCCAUCCUUCCUCAUGAACUUCCACCAUACCAUGCCCGAGCCCUCGGGUUCGCGAGCUGUCAUCUGCGCCUUGACAAUUGCUAUGGGAUACUUCAUCGGUGGAUUCGUCCCUCUACUCCCCUACUUCUUCGUCGGUCCCCAAGAUGCCUUCAUCGCUCUGCGCUGGUCUAUCGCUACCAUGGUCAUUGCCUUGUUCAUCUUCGGCUAUGGCAAGACCUGUUUCGUUAGUGGCUGGCGUGGUCGGAGGAAUGUACGAAAAGGACUGGUCGGAGGAAUACAGAUGGUCCUGGUCGGCGGCCUCGCAGCUGGCUCGGCAAUGGGAUUGGUGAAAGGAUUCCAGAUGCUCGCGGAUCACCAUAGUGAAAAGCACAACUAA